AGAGCUGGCCGGGCGGGAACGGAAGACGCAGUCCCGGCACCCAUUUUCUAGACAACGGGUGUGAUCCUCGGCUUCCUCGUUUAUCGAGCGCCUCCCGAGGCCCGGCCCUAGGAUGCAGCCCGGCAAUGAUCUGCGUAGUCUCUCCCUGAUGUAUCAGCUGACGAUACAUCAUCCUGAUAAGGCCGCGACUCAUCAAAGUUGUGACAGAGGAGCUCGUAGAAUAGGGAGCUAGUCCUGGGUUCUGGGCGUGCUGGUAAAUGGGCUCUUACCGGCGAGUUGAAGGGAGGGAGGAUUGCAUCAGGGGAACUGCCUGUCCUAGAGGGCGCGUGGGGGCGGGAUCUUGGUGAAUUGAAGCUGAGAAGUCAAGUGCGGCGGUGGCGGAAUGAGCGCGAUCAGGGGAGGGGUGCGCUAGGAAGCCGAAGAGGGAGGAAGGGUUCAGAUCAUAGAGUUUGGAACGCCCGUGGGUGGAGGUUGGAUGGUAGGAGGGCAGGAAUGGUGAGGCGACCACUUCUAGGAGGUCACAGAUGUAGAUGAGAGAUGGUGGCCUACGGUGGUGGCAGUGGGUAUAGGAGAAAAUUGGAGCUGUCGAGAUGAUAAUUAAAAAUUGACAAGACUUUUGGAUUAGAUAUGGGAUUUGAGUGAGAGGUUAGUAUCCAACGAUGAUUCGAAGUUUCUGACCUGAGUGAAUUAUAUAAAACAAAACAAACCAAUUUGACGUUUGCUAGGGGACCUUUUUCCCCUAGUGUAAAAACAAAAACCACAAAAAAUUUUUCCUCCCUAGUUAUAUGUACUCAUUAUAUUUUGUGUGCACACUGCAGAAAAUUCAGAACAUACACACAAAAAUAUUUUUUAUAGAAAACAAUAAAAAUUACCUGCAAUUCUGCUAUCCAAGAUGGCCGUACUUUGGUGUGCUUCCUUUAUGUUUUUGCUUUCUGAGUGCAUCUUUUUAUAUAAUUGGGUAUACAUUCUGUCUGUAUCUAUUUUUUUUCCAUUGGACGUUAUCAUGAUAAUAAAGGUUGAACUGCUGUGUGCUAGGACGUUAUUCACAAAUUUUAUUCUUUCCUGAUUGUAACAGAAAAGAUCAGAUGUAAUUCCAGCAAGUCAAGGAUAACUUUUUGUUGUAUUUUUCUUUCAAUAUUUUUUCUUUUUGUGUACCUUUUAAAAAACCCCACAAUUUGUGUCACAUUUUGUGUUUUGUUUUCCAAUCAGAUGUGAAGUACUUAAUGUUAUUUAUUGCUAUAUUUACACAUCCUUAACUACUCUUCAAGACUAGUUUUUAGUGGUUGUUUAGUAAAAACCAAUCCCCUGUUACUAGUUAGGUAGGUUUUCAACUUUUUACUCUUAGGAUGAUGAGAAGGACAUCUUAUUACAUAAAUCUUCAGAUUGCCAAUUUAUUCCUUAAGAAAAAUGCUAGCAAUGGAACCUAGGUGAAAGGAUAAAAUGAACCUAUAAAAUUGCCUCACCCAAAUAUCUCAUUGGGACUGUAAUUGAAAUUGUUUUAAAGAUCAGAUUUUUGCAGUGCUUAGUUUUUCCAUUUCAAAGAUAGAUUAUGUCUUUCCAGUUAUUUGUAUUUUAUGUCCUUGUUAAAUUUACGUCUAUAAAGGGUCAGUAUUAUUAUUUAAGAAUUGUACCCUCGUGGCUAAAUUCCCAUGUGUGAAAUGAAUAUCUUUGUCAUACUUUCUUCUAUAAGAUUAUUUUCUUUAUAUUUGCUAAAAAUAUAAACAAAUGGUGAGAUCAGAAAGCUAAAAAGACCAAGUUAGAGUGAGGUUUCCUUAAUGCUAUAAGUAACCUGUGGUCUAAACAAUUUUUGGUUUUCUGCUCCUAGUUGUCUGUUGGGAAGCUGCCCUUCUUCCAUGCAUCAGAGCCUGCCUUAUCUGCACAGCCAGGGGGCCAGGUGUCAACCUUGAUCCUUUCCCAGGAAUGGUAAAGGAAGCUAGAAACAGCUCAGCAGGGUUAGGAAGACAGUGUCUCAUGAGAAUGUCAAAUGUUUUGGGGUGGAUUUUUCUAGUUUAACAGUUCUACAUCUCAUUAUUCAAGUUACUUUAAUAUAUUUAAUUGUUAGUAAGGAUAUUUGUUUGUUAGUGACUUACAGUUGUUAACUUUUGGUCUUUUGGUCUUGUGCAAUAGAAUCUUGCUUAUCGAUGAAAUGCAGUUAACACAUCAGCUGGACCUAUUUCCCGAAUACAGGGUGACCCUUCUGUUAUUUAAAGAUGUAAAAAAUGCUGGAGACUUGAGAAAAAAGGCCAUGGAAGGUGCCAUUGAUGGCUCAUUAAUAAAUCCUACAGUGAUUGUCGAUCCAUUUCAGAUACUUGUGGCAGCAAACAAAGCAGUUCACCUCUACAAACUGGGAAAAAUGAAGACAAGAACUCUAUCUACUGAAAUUAUUUUCAAUCUUUCCCCAAAUAACAAUAUUUCAGAGGCCUUGAAAAAGUUUGGUAUCUCGGCAAAUGACACUUCAGUUCUGAUUGCUUAUAUUGAAGAGGGAGAAAAACAAAUAAAUCAAGAAUACCUAAUAUCUCAGGUAGAAGGUCAUCAAGUUUCUCUCAAAAAUCUCCCUGAAAUAACAAAUAUUACAGAAGUCAAAAAGAUAUAUAAACUAUCUUCACAAGAAGAAAGAAUUGGGACGUUAUUGGAUGGUAUCAUUUGUAGGAUGUCAACAAAAGAUGUUUUGUGAAAUGACAGAAAUAUUAAAAAUUUUCAGCAAUUAUAAAAACCAUUCAUUAUUUUUUCCGGAUUAUAAAAUCUAUUACGUUUGUUGUAGAAAAAUUUAAAGCACAGAAUGGUAACAAAGGAAAAAAAACCAUUCCUGAUCCUAUCUCUUAAUAUUUUAAAAGAUAACCAUGGUUACUGUUAUUUGUUACUGCCUUCUAGUCUUCUGUUUCUGUUCAAAUAUAUUUUAUUUUUAUGUAAGUGGAAUAA